GCAGGUGACUGACAGGAGCGAUGAGAGAGAAACAAAGCAGAACUAAUCCCGCUCAAAAAGCAGCCGGGAAAAGAAUCCUCUUCACAGGACCUGGCGGAGUUAAGGAUUACCACAUCACACUGUGUGAUUUCCCGCACAGCAUCGGCAUUGGCCCCUUGCCUUCAGGAGCCACGGGGGAUUUAAAUUACCUCCUCCGGCCUGCACCGGAUGCACCACCACCGCUGCCCAAGCACUGCUACGUUGGAGAAGUGGGAUGGGGCAUUGAGCAUGGAGUCAAACUCAAUACCAGGACUUUACUCAGCAACACACAGAUCAAGCGUUCUGGGUUUAACUUGGCCAUGGAGGACAGGAUUUCUCAGAUCAUACAGGAAACAUGGUAA